GGCAAAGUAAUUGUGGGGGGUCUCUUCACCGUUCGGCUGGAUUCUUCACAUCCGACGGUCUACACUACACAGCCCCUACCUCCACCCCCUGGUGGUGGAGGCAUGUCUCAUCUAGCGUAUUAAUAAAAGCUACGGACGGAAAAUCGCACAAUGACGUAUAUUCCAGUAGUCACUGUUGCGGGUCCGAAGGUCCUAUACCCCACAAAUGUGGCAGUCUGCUCUCGCUCCCAUACCGAGGGCACUAAAUUGAAGCAUGAAGCACGACGUAUACCGCUGAUAAAUCAAAGAUCCACUCGUUGAUCAGUUUUCGUCUCGGCUGGGCCGGGUAGAUGUUCGAGCGGAUGAUGCAGCAUGGAUACAAGAACCACGGCUUUCGCACGUUGGCAUCCUUCCGGAAUCUUUAUGCCAUUUCGCCGCUAGGAGAUUAUUCAGAAUCACCUAUAAUCAUUCAAUUACAUCAAAAAUACCUCCACAAACUACACACUCACCCACAGCCACCAUGUCGACUCGCUACUCCAGCCAAGAAGUCGACCCAGCACCGCUGGGCCAACCCCUCCCUUUUGCCUUCUCCGGCCUCACAGCCAAGAACCGCUUCCUCAACGGCGCCAUGACAGAGCGCAUGGCCUCGUGGUCGGCUAAGGACCCCAGCAAGCGCGGCAUCCCUAGCGAAGAGUACAUCAACCUGUACCGCAACUGGGGCAAGGCAGGCUGGGGCGUCAUCCUGACGGGCAACAUCCAAGUGCACGCGGAGCACCUCGAAGCCCCAGGUAACGCCAUCAUCGGCAUCGACCACCCAUUCUCCGGUGAACGCUUCGAGACGUACAAACGGGUAGCCAAGGAGGCCAAAGCCGACGGCUCGCUUCUGAUCGCGCAGAUCAGCCACCCGGGUCGGCAGAUCAGCCAGGAGUUGCAGCCGAACCCGGUGUCGGCGUCGGACAUGCAGCUCACCAAGCAGGUCUGGGGCAUGAAGUUCGGCAAGCCGCACGCGGCUUCAGCGCAGGAAAUCGCCGAUAUCAAGGCUGCCUUCGUGCACUGCGCCGUGUACCUCGAGAAAGCCGGCUUCGACGGCGUGCAGCUGCACGGUGCGCAUGGCUACUUGUUGGCACAAUUCCUCUCGCCUACCACGAAUCUCCGGACAGAUAACUAUGGCGGGUCGCUGGAGAACCGGGCACGGAUCAUCACCGAGAUUGCCAACGAGAUCCAGGCGCAGACGGGCAAGGGCUUCAGUCUCAGCAUUAAGAUCAACAGCGUCGAGUUCCAGGAGAAGGGGUUCAGCACCGACGAGGCGACCAAGCUGGUGCAGCUGCUCGAGGCGCACAAGUUCGACUUUGUCGAGCUGAGCGGCGGCACGUACGAGCAGACGGCGUGGCAUCACGAGAGGGAGAGCACCAGGGCCCGCGAGGGUUUCUUCCUGGAGUUCGCUGAAAAGAUCACGCCGCACUUGAAGCAGACUAAAAGCUACGUCACAGGUGGGCUGCGCUCGGCGAAGGCCAUGGUCGAUGCGUUGAGAACGGUCGACGGUGUUGGGUUGGGCCGUCCCGCCUGCAUGGAGCCUAGACUGCCGCUUGACAUCCUGUCUGGCAAGGUGAAGUCGUGUAUCAAGCCCAUCACUGACGAGUCAGACUUUGGCUUGUCUGUCAUGUUAGCUGGAGCGCAAAUGCGACAGAUUGGCCGCAACCAGGAGCCCUUGGAUUCCUCUGACCAAAAACAUAUCGAUGGGUUCUGGAAAGACUUGACGGCCUUUACUGAGGCUAUGAAAAACGACACCAAGGGCGAAAUGUCUGGCCAUAUCGAUAUCCAGUCGAUUCCAGUUAUCCCUUAUGGCGCGGCUAUUUAGGCGUUGUAAACUGUACAAAAGACUUAGCGUGAAUAACCAUCCUCUUGCUCGGUUCAACACAAGAAUCCAAAGAAAACUUUACCUCAGAAAAAUAAACAAAUUAAAAACAACUCGACGAUACCUUGCCUGCCAUUUUUGGAAUGACAUGAUCGAGUUGCGCAUGCGAGAAGAGGCCCGAAUUGUCGGUCGUUGCGAUAAUAACGCACACUUGGGAGCUGAAUGUUUUCGAACUUCACGAAAUCACUCUCAU